UAAGAGCAGAAGGAAGUGUUGCAUCCUUAAAUAUAACUGGUAUUUCAUAAUGGAUCAUGGCAUUCAGGCUUGUUUUAUAGGAGUCAGUAAGAAGCAAGCGUGGUAUAACAUGACUCUGAAAUUGAGCAUCAUCCCACUCAGCACCAGUGUGGCAACUCCAAAAAGACAGUUUGGCAAUGUUCAAGAUGAUUUACAAGCAAACAUAGUACGUUCUCCAUGAAAAAUAAAAUAUGUAUUAACAAACAGAAUGCUCAUAAAUGAAAUAGAUGAAAAUUACUUGCAGGUUAUUCACAGCCAACUUAUUAUUUGGCACCAUUGCAGCCUCUGUAAAAACACCUGGUUGGAUAGAUUUGUGUAGCAGUGCUUUUUAAAAUAAAAAAUACAUUUUUGAGUUAAGAUUUGUAUAACAUAAACCAAGGCAUUUUAAAGGUAACAAUUCAGUGAUAUUUAGUACAUUCCAAAUGUUUUGCAACAUUGUCUAGUUCCAAAUUAUUUUCUUCACUCCAAAAGGAAACUCUGUACCCAUUAACUAGUUGGUAUACAAUUGUUUUAAAAUGGCACAUGGGUGAAUUUCAAGAGGUUAUAGAAUUUCAGUUUGAUGUUUCAAAAUAAUGUUCAAAAGACCUCAAUAUAUGGCUUUGUCUUGGCUUGAAGUGUUUGCAUUCUUGCCAAAGCUUUUUUAGUCUAGCUAUGUCAGUUGGGAAGAGUUUAUAAUGAGAGGAUUUAAAGAGUCUCACAUGAUGCAAUCAAGAACAGUAGUUAAACUAUGGGACUCUGAUGAAAAGAAUUCGAUUGCGUGUCAAGUAUGGUCACUGGCUUUAAAAUAGUACAGAGAAAAGCCAACAAAAAUGUGGGCAAUGAGUCUGUGCAUUCCUUAUAAGCAUUUUAUUAGAAAAGAAUGAGAUUACCUAUGCAAAUUAGUAGGAAGAUGUUUAGACAGAUGUGUUGUGCCCACCAGAUUGAGGUAUAAAAAGCCCUGUGCGGGAAGAGACCUUCAUUAACACUUGGGUAACUUACCCUUCACAAUCUGUCUAAAUCCUUCUCAAUUGCUGCCACCAUGACUCGUUACUUCUGCUGUGGAAGCUACUUCCCAGGGUACCCUAGCUAUGGGACCAACUUCCACGGGACCUUCAGAGCCACCCCCUUGAACUGUGUUGUGCCUCUGGGCUCUCCCCUGAACUAUGGCUGGGGAUGCAAUGGCUACAGCUCCCUGGGCUACAGCUUUGGUGGUAGCAACAUCAACAACCUGGGCGGCUGCUAUGGUGGUAGCUUCUAUAGGCCAUGGGGCUCUGGCUCUGGCUUUGGCUACAGCACCUACUGAUGGACCAGUGGCUCCAGUGACUACAGGACUCUCAGUUAAUUCUCUGCACAGAACAACCUGAAGAGCAAUGACUGUCUUCCUACCUUCCCAUGUGCUUGGGUGAUACAUCUUCCAUCUUCUUGCUGACUUCUUGCUGUGGUCUUUGUCUUUGAUGCUGUUGGACAAGUCACCCAGGACUCAGGUGCUGAACUGAUACUCAUCUACAGACAAAGGAAGCAAUAUGCAUUUUUUUGGGUCAUACUUGAAUUUUAACAGUGAAAAAGUAGUUUGCCUCCCGUGGUUGCUCUGCUCAUGUAUUAUUAGCUUCUACAUCAACAUUAAUGUAUUACAAAUUGGGUGUGGGUAGGAAGGGGAUUUUCUGUUAGUCUCUUAAUAAAUCUAUUUCCUUCAU